AUGGCGGACGAUGGCAUGAUCCUCAACUUCGCGGUCAGCGAUGCUCCCGCGAAGACGCAGGUCAAAUUCCAAGGCGGGAAAUGGAGAGAUCGCCUCAAGGCGCAACGGAACGCCAAUCGAUCCUCCACCCCCCAGACAACGAAGCCCACUGAAGCCUUCCCCUCGAGCCAACAACGCUACAUCCCCGGCUCGAAGCCAAACCCCCGACAAAAUGGCGGCGACGGCGAUGAUUUCGACCAGCGUCCCGCGAAACGGAUGCGAGCCGACCCUCACAUGCCCUCCUCCUACCAGACCGGCAAGCUGCCGCCCGGAAGCAUAGUCAUCGGCAAGCGGGAGGGCACUGGUCUAGCCAAGGGACAGGUCACGUCGAAGCUAUUCACAUCCAAUCCCAUGGCGCGCACCGUCUUUGACGACCCGAACGCCGAAUCCAAACCCGACGCCGAACCAGCCCAACCGUCCAACGCACCUCUCUCCGAGGAGGCCGCCAGCUUCCACGCCCUCGGAAUCUCUCGCCGCCUGGCUCAGGAUCUGUCCGGCAAGGUCAAGCUCAAGGCACCGACGGCCAUUCAGGCCAAGGUCAUCCCGCAGCUCAUCAAGGAGGACAGCGACGCCUUCGUCCAGGCGCAGACAGGUUCCGGCAAAACGCUCGCCUAUCUGCUGCCCAUUCUGCAGCGUAUCCUCGCCGUGGCCGACGAGGGCAAGGUGCGUCGUGACUCUGGUCUCUUCGCCAUGGUCCUGGCGCCGACGCGCGAACUGUGCCGACAGAUUGAUCUCGUGCUGCAGCAGCUGCUGCCGCAGUGGCUUGUCAGUACAACUGUCAUCGGUGGUGAGAGCAAGCACUCGGAAAAGAGCCGACUGCGAAAGGGCGUCAACAUUCUCAUCGCGACGCCUGGCAGACUGACCGAUCACUUGGCCAACACAAAGGCCCUCGACGUCGGGUCGGUGCGAUGGCUCGUGCUCGACGAAGGUGAUCGCCUCAUGGAGAUGGGUUUUGAAGACGACCUUCGCGAGAUUGUCGGCAAGAUCCGAGCCGGCGAGCUCAGCAACAGGACAAAGGAUGGUGUCUCACUGGAACUGCUGCCCAAGCGCCGUGUGACGGUGCUCUGCUCGGCAACAAUGAAGAUGGAUGUGCAAAAGCUGGGCGAGAUCAGUUUGGAGGAUGCCGUACACAUCACGGCAGAAGACGAGGUAGUGAACGGGGAGGGCGAGGAGCAGCAGCAGCAAGUCGCAUUCUCGGCGCCUGCGCAGCUCAAGCAAGCACACUACAUUGUGCCGGCAAAGCUGCGUCUCGUGUCGCUGAUUGCCCUGCUGAAAUCCACAUUUGCCCGUCGGGGAUCUGUCAUGAAGGCCAUUAUUUUCAUGUCUUGCGCCGACUCGGUCGAUUAUCACUUCGACUUGCUGAAAGAACCGCCCAAGGCCGACAAGAAGACCGAGUCGACGGCUGUCACGGCCAACACUGUUGCCCCUGCGGCUUACCUCGCAUCCCCGGCCAACCCCAACAUCGUCCUCCACAAGCUUCACGGCUCCCUCCCACAACCCGUGCGUACCGGCACCCUGGCCGCCUAUUCGACUUGCAUCGAACCUUGCGUGCUCAUUACCACCGAUAUCGCCUCCCGUGGUCUCGACGUGCCGUCGGUCGAGCUCGUCAUCGAGUACGACCCGGCCUUCAGCGCCGCCGACCAUGUGCACCGUAUCGGUCGUACAGCCCGUGCCGGUCGCCCCGGUAAAGCAGUGCUGUUCCUGCAGCCCGGAUGCGAGGAAGGCUACGUCGACUAUCUCACUACGGCGACAUCUGUUCCCAAAGCGGAAUCGUUCGAGGGCGUCUUGCACCGUGGCCUCGCGACGCACAUGCCAUUCCCCGUCGACACGGACGCCAAGCCACCACCGGAGGACAGCCGCAGCUUCUCGCAGCGAGCGGAGGCUCUACAGCUACACAUUGAGCAGCGUCUGCUCAUUCCAUCAGGCGCGGCGCUGCUCGAGGCGGCUCGCAAGGGCUUCCGUUCGCACGUGCGGGCCUACGCGACACACACCAAGGAGGAGCGGAAGUUCUUUGACAUUACCGAGCUGCACCUCGGACACACAGCCAAGAGUUAUGGACUGCGCGAGGCGCCGCAGGGCGUCGGACGUGGUGGGCACGAUGGCAAGAAGACGGCCAUGAAGGCGGCGGCGUCGAAGAAGAGGAAGCAGGGCGCCGGCGACUCGGCACGGGAGAGUCUGUUCGAUGCCGACACGGACCUGGCCGAGAUGGAGAGGAGGAUGAAGAUGAAGAUGAAGAGCGUCAUGAACAGCGCAAGCGAGUUCAACAUUGGGUAA